UCAUUUCAAUCAAGACAUGGGAUCAACCUGCGUUCAAGACAUCAUUGACGGCAACGAGUCCAAGGACAAGGACGACAGCCAAGACACAGAGGACGAAGAGAUUGGUCUGUCGGAGGAAGAGGUCGCGCACUUUAUCGAACAUGGCUACGUGUUGCUCCGAAAUGCGUUCCCAGUCGACACCGCCGCCGCAUGCAGGGAUUUUCUCUGGAAUCGCAUCGAGCAAGAUGGGGUCAAGCAACACGAUUGCGCAACGUGGCCCGAAAAGCAUUGGAUCUCAGAAUCGUACGACGACAAGACCGGAUCUCCAUGGACCGAAGUCUUGACUCCGCGGUUAAAGCGCGCCAUGGAUCAGGUCUGCGGCGAAGACAGAUGGAUCCCCUCCGACCUGACUUGUGGAUGGUGGGUGCUGACAUUCCCAGGACAUGCCAUGUUGCCGUGGGGACCGGCAGGUCACUGGCAUGUUGACGGCGCGCGGUACAUCCAUCACAUCGACAGCAAGGAAUCGGGCUUGCUUCCCAUCUUCCUCUUCUCGGAUAUUGCGCCUGGGGACGGCGGCACUGCAUUGGCCCCAGGAUCGCACAAGCAUGUGGCGCAUAUUCUCGCCGCUGCAAAGCCACAUGGACUUAAAGGCGGUCAAGUGAGCGCAGCCGCGAAAGGGUGGGUCAACCAGCACAAGCAGUCGUGGGUCGAAGUGCAAGGACGUGCCGGCGAUGUGAUGCUGACGCAUCCGUUCCUCAUCCACGCCAGGAGCAAGAACUGUGGCGCGACGGUGCGCUUUAUGUGCAAUCCCAACGUUGGAUUGAAGGAACCGAUGCAGUUAUCCCAUGCAGGACAAGACGGGGAAGACAAGGAUGGGGAAAAUUCCUCCACGAGGAAGCACUCACCCGUCGAAGCUGCAAUUGUGCAAGCGUUAAGCGAACCUAGCACAGUCAGCAGGAACAACAAGCGCAAGAGGGCGCAAUAUGAGAGAAACGUGUAGACAGCCUGAUGUUAAGGAGAACGAUAGGACGAGUCUCCAUCUUAGCUUAAUGAUGGUGGUGCUUCUGCUUGUAGCGAAGGCCGCAGUACUUGCA